AUGGAGGCCAAGCAGCUUCUCCGGUCUCUGCGGGAGAGUCCGAAGUACAGCGAUCUCACACUCGUUUGCGGUCUACAGAUGCACAAAGUACACCGAAAUGUCAUGCGCUCCGCGUCUUCGUGGUUCGACAACGCUUGUAGCAAUGAAGCCUGGAAGGAAGCGAAGGAGGGUAUCAUCAAGCUCGAAAAUGCAUUCGCCCACGGAGAAUAA